GCCACAAAAGCAGACAGAGCCUGGGCUGGAGCUGUGAGUCACCAGCCUGCUGGAUUCAGGGAAGGAACUUACUCUAUAUUCAGGUCUCUCUGGAGCAACCUGAAGACAGGAGCUUGGCCUCAAGCAUACGGCCAUGGAAACAGCAGAGUCCAUCCUUGAUGAACACCUGCUCAAAGGUGAAAGGAGGCAAGAUCUCCAAGAGAUGCUGAGAGAAGUGGGACUGGCCGCAGAGUACUGGUUGCCCAUUCUGCAGAAACAACUGGGCGUGACCUGUGCCCAAGCCUUACAACACCUAGAAGAAAAAGACCUCCUGAAGUUAAAAUCCCAGGCACAACAUCCUUGGGAAAAACGAGCCCUGGAAAAACUGCUUAAUCUGUCACACUCAAAUAGCCUUUCAAAGUUACAGGAGUCUCAAAAGGAGAAGCAAAGGCAGGCACAGCAGGCUCUGAAGAAGUUGAAGGACUUGAUGUCAGAAGGGAGGCAGCGACAGGAAGAAGCCGUGAGGGCAAAAGAAGCAGAGCUGAGGCAGGCAAUGGAGAUCCCAAGAGAGUACUGGCCACCCCUUAAGAAGCCUCUAAGAGAAGUCAUAGAAAACAUGCAGAAACAACUCAACACCAUGGACGGGACACUGGUAAACAGAAAAAAUCUCCCAGGUGGAGACCUGGUAAGAUGGGCAUCUGGAGGGCUGGCCCUGCAGGGAGUUUACAAAACCAGCCAGCCAAGGGGUCUGAUAGAGAAGAGAGAAGAGCUACUCAGUCUCCCCAAGAAUUUCUCACUCUUCGGCCCUGAGCAGAGCACCCGGAUGGAAACAAAGGAAUUUUCAUGUUCUCAAGCAGAAUGUAUGUUCACUCAGAUGAUAGAGAAGUUGGGCUUCAGUGUCACAGCCUCAGCCAAUGGUGGAGGGUGGGGAUUCAACCUGGAUGCAGGUAUGGAUCACAGCCAACAUUCAGAAUCCCAGGAGAGCCAACAGUCACGUUCUGAGCACUCUUAUUUCUGCACAACCAAGUUCAGUUACAUCCCACUGGCCUCCUGCCAUUUUGCCAUUGACCAGCUCCAGCUCUCCAAGGCUGCUCUUCAGGAACUGAAAUGCAUUGAAGACCUUCUGGGACAGCAUGCAGGCCCCGACACCCUUCCCUUGCUGAGGUACAGAACUGAGGCCUUCUUCCACAGUUUUGGCUCUCAUGCUAACCAGGGCCCUCUGCACCUGGGCGGAAUCUACUGUUGGAAGGCCGUUUCAGAGGGUUUCCAAAGUGAGCAGCUGGCAGAAGUGAAGCAGCAGUCAGCAGAAGCCCUGGAUAUUUACAUAAGGAGCAGCUACUGUGGCUUUGCAGUGAAAACUGCUGCAGGGGUGAACAUUUCAGACUCUCAUUCAAAAAUGGCCUCUCAGAGCACAAAUUUCCAAAAUCUCCAAACCAACAUCCAAUUAUCUGUGGCCCACAUAGGUGGCCCACCAGAAGCAGACAGCUUUGCCCAGUGGAAAGCUGGGCUCAUGGCCAGCAAUCAAACCUGGUGUGUCAUUGACCGGGGAUUUAACCUGGUGCCCAUUUGGGACAUCAUUCUUUCCAUCCACAGAAGUGAUUUUAAGAAUCCUGUUCAGGUGGCUAACUGCCUGAAAGACAGCUACACUGCUCUCACUGGCCUCACUACCCAGAUCCAAGAUGGAGAGGAAUUCUUCAGUGCUAAUAUGGAGGCUAAGAUUUUCCUAGAGGACAUGAAAUCCUGGGAGGUAUCUCAUCCUGAAGAGCAGCUUAAAAAACUGAUAAAUUUCAUGCAAAUGUUGAGUCAGAAAAUUAAAAGUUAUGACACCUGGAUUAGCAUGUGCCUCACAGAUUGGAAUAUGCAGAAUUUUCUGGUGAACACUGUCAACUCUUGCAAAAAGUCUUCUACUUAUAAUACUAAAUUUGUUAAGUCUCAGUUGUGCACUCUUCUGGAUCCUCACAUCUACAGAGUAAAAGACUUUCCUCAGGCUCAGUCCAUCAUGCAGUGGAUCUUCCAGUCAGAGUCAUACCAAGAGGAAGUCAACAUCUCUCAAUUUUCUGAAUUCAUUAGAACCCUAAAAGAGAUCCAAAACAACUUCAUAGAAGCAAAGACCAAAACUGAGUCUCAGGAAACUGUGCAGGAAGCUCAAAGAAAGGUCACUUAUGAGGUCAGCUUGUCUCUCCACUCCUUGUUGGAGAAGCUGCGAGAAACGGGCCAGCCAGACACACAGCUCUUGCUACUUUGCAUCGCAGCUGGUGCAGGCUAUCACGCGGUGAACAACACUUUUCAGUAUGUCCUGGGAUAUGAUGAGUUAGACUACCUGCUGCAUGAAAUGCAAACAGCCCAUGAUAAAUAUCAGGAGCUCAAAAAUAUUUGCAGCUACAGGGCUCAGGCAUUCCUGGUGCUCACGGGGCUGACAGCCACAGUUGGAAUCACAGCCUUUUCUGAAGAGGAGAAAUCAAAACGCUUGUCAUUAAUGAGACAGCAUAUGCAACAAUCACUAUCUAAAGAAGUUGCACAUGUUCUCACCAAAUUUGGGGCACAUUGUGAUUGGGAAAACCUAGAGAAAGACUUGCGAUUGCUCAUUGAUGGAGAUUAUGAAGCCACUGUCUCUUCUUUGAAAAUGGAAGACGUGAGAAAAGAGUUGAAAAGUCUCAGCCAUGGAAAAAAACAGCCCCAUAAGGCAGAUAAUAAUGAAAAUAACACAACAAAACUGAUAGAAAAUGGAGCCGUCCUACACUUAUUGCAGCGUCUAGGCCUAGAACAUCACUACCCAAAGAAGCUGGGCAGAGCUAACUUCCAUCUGAUUUAUAAAACCUCUGUAUACAACACCCAGCCCAGUUCUGAACAAGAGCUUCCAUUUUAUUUUCUGCAAAAGCUGUUGGUGCUUGAUUAUGAAGUGAGAUAUUUGGUUUUCAAAGAUGGUGGAAACACAGAGGACCCAGUCUAUCCAAGCCAGGAAAAUGAGGCUUUUGACCCAUACGAAGAGAUCUGUGAAGACAGUGACAAUCCCAUUAAUCCUUCAGCCACUAAUCUGAGGCGCCACAUUCACCCAAUGGAUAUACAGAUGGCAAUUUAUCACUGUGCAGAUGAUUUGGCCAGGCAAUAUAUUCUAGACAAACUUGCCAUGUGUCAAUUUGCCCUUCCUCUUGUGGUGCCCAAUCCCUGCUCUUCUCAAAUUGAAUUCUCCCUCUGGUCUCUCGGUAAAAUUAGAAGAAGUUGGCAGCAAACAGGGAAAUCAGAAAAAAGGAAGAACAAUUGCAAAAAUCAGCAGAUGUGUCGUGUAGCUACCUCCAUUGUGUCCUUCAUUCGAGUUGGAAAUGGCUUCGCUACUUCCAAAUCUCAGAUCAUGAACUGUCUUCUCAGUAAACGUAAACAUGAUGUCUUCUUUCACCGACACUGCAGUGGGAGCAGCAAAGACUGUCUCUUGAUGGAGGGUGUGGUGGAAAUCUGCUGGUUCUGUCCAGGGGGCAAAGAUAAGGACAGAUUUGACAAGUGCAUAACCUUCACCAAUCUCCACGGAGAUGCAAAGGAACAUGAACGACAGCUCACUUUCCUGAAGGAAGUCUCUUCUCUCAUUGUGAUCCUCAUGUCAGCUUCUGAUAGCAAUGAUAAAAACCGAAAAAUUGUCCGUGACUUGUGCCAGUCAUCAAAACCAUUGAUCUGUUUGCUUGAUGACAAAGAAAAAACCAUGGCCAAUAAUUCCAACAGGAAACUGAGAAUUGGAAUCAAGAACAGAAAUGAGUCAGAGUUAACAGAAGAGCUCAUGUGUACAAUCAGACGUUUGCUAGAGCUAUCUGACAGGACUCAAAGCUUAGAGGACUGUGCCAGUAUUGCUCGUAAGCAAGGAUUCCUAAUAGAUGAAGACGAGAGAGAUUGCAAGAAAGCCAAAGAAAAGGCACAGAGUCUAACCGACCUCUUGAGAAAAAUGAAGUUGAAUAUGAUAAAGGAAAACUUACUACCUCUUCAGGGAAAACUAUGGCACCUUUGGUGUAAGAAGGACAAAGAACUCUAUCAUCUCAGAGAAAAGGGGAACCGGAGUAUUGAACAACAUAAGAGUGAGAUUCAGACAGAAAAACAAAGAAUACGGCAUCGGCAAUUGACCAAAGCCUUUCCUCUCAAUGAUUUAAUGCGCUCUUUCCUUGAAAUAUUGCAAGAUACUUCAGAAACCCAUAACAAACUCUACUUCCUGCAGUGGCUGAGUGUGUUUUUGGACAACCUGACUGCAGAUCACUUGGAAAACCUGCGUGAGAAGCAAAGUUCUUUGUGGUCACAGGUACAAACUGAAAAGCAAAAGGCACCAAACAGCAACUCGCUCAGAUACUGGCAGAAUGAGAUAGAAGCCAUCUCAACGAAGAUUAGUGACUAUACCCUGGGAACAGAGCACCUUCUCAGAGAAGCUGGACAGAUCUAUGAAGCACUGGAAGAAGCUUGCUCCACAAGAGAUACCCUCUUCCUCUCCCUUCCCCAAAUUGCUGCUGACCUGAUGAUAUCUGGGCUUCCCAUUGAGCUGAUGGACGGCGACACUUCUUAUGUCCCGCUGAAGUGGGUGGCAGCUGUUUUUGACAAAGUCUCUGAGAAACUCGGAGACAAACAGCUGUUUGUUCUCUCUAUUCUCAGCCUGCAGAGCUCAGGGAAGUCCACCCUGCUGAAUACCCUUUUUGGACUGCAGUUCACUGUCAGUGCAGGGAGGUGUACCCGGGGGGCCUACAUGCAGCUCCUGAGGAUAGAGGAGACAUUCACAGAGGAACUUGGCUUUGACUUUGUGCUUGUUGUGGAAACAGCAGGACUUCGGGCACCAGAACUCAGCAACAAAUCCCAGAACCGGGACAAUGAGUUAGCAACCUUUGUCAUUGGACUUGGAAACUUGACUCUGAUCAAUAUUUUUGGAGAAAAUCCAUCAGAGAUGCAGAAUAUUCUACAAAUAGUUGUUCAAGCCUUUCUCAGGAUGAAACAAGUAAAAAUCUCCCCAAGUUGCCUGUUUGUCCAUCAGAAUGUGGGGGAAGUUACAGCGAAAGAGCAAACUAUGGAAGGACGAAGGCGGCUAGAGCAGAAACUAGAUGAAAUGGCAGAAACUGCAGCUGAACAGGAACAGUGCUCAGAUGUAACCCGCUUCAGUGAUGUCAUUAAUUUUGAUGUCAGGACUCAUGUCUACUACUUUGCUCACCUCUGGGAUGGAAAUCCCCCAAUGGCCCCUCCUAAUCCUCACUAUAGCCAUGAUGUGCAGGAACUGAAAAGCAGAAUACUUGGGACUGCCAAGGAGGAAUCCAGAGGCAGUAUCAUGAAGAUAUCAGAUAUAAAAUUCCGAGUUCAAGAUUUAUGGAGGGCCCUUGUAUGUGAAAACUUUAUUUUCAGCUUCAGGAACACCCAAGAGGUCAUGGCCAUGAGCAAACUGGAAACCAGGUAUAACCACUGGACCUGGGAGCUAAGGAGUCAUAUGGUGGACUUACAGAACAAGCUGACCAACCAAAUUCAGAAUGGAAAAAUCCAGACACUCAGAACCAGUGAAGUUGAAGCUCCAGUGACAGAAAAAUAUGAAGCCAUCAAGCAAGACCUGGAAAAUUUUUUUAAUGAAGACCCAGAUAAUGAAAUUCUGGUACAGUGGAAAGCAAUGUUUGAAAAUAAGUUGAGACUCCUUAAAGAGACACUUAUUUCAGAUAUGGAAAGAAAAGCCAAUGAACUUAUUUGUUUAAAAAAAGGCCAAGAAAAACUGGAUGAAAAAAAAUCAAGUUAUGAAAGUGACAUCUUGGAAAGAAGCCGACAGUUAGCUUUAACUAUAAAGGGCAAAGAAUUGAGUGAAGAAGAUCUACACAAGAAAUUCAAUCAGCUUUGGAAAAAAUGGGUCUGUGAUGUAUCCUCAAAUUUCCUUCCUGCCACAGAACCUAACAUUGAUGUGGACUCUGAAAACACUCUUCUGGAAUGUUUCAAAAAGGAGAAAAACGUGGUGGACAUUUUAAAAAGUAAUUCUGAGGAGACGUUUCAAAUUAAGUAUGAUGUACAUAUCAAUAUGAGGAGGCCAAUAUUAAGAUGGAGGAGGUCAUUAGAGACCCAUGAUAAAGAGUCCAUAAUUAUGACCACUAACCACAUUUUUUCAAGAUUUACUGAAAUUAUUACCAAUGUUAGAAGGCAACAGCGUGAUUACAAUCCAAGUGAUUUCUACGAAAUCCUGAGAAUGAUAGAACAGGAGGUGACAUCUGCAUCCACUGAGAAAAGCUACACAUUCACAAGUAGAUAUAAAAUUGACUUGUCUUUGUGUUUGUUCCAAAGAGCAUCAGAGAAUUUUAAGCAGAUGCACAUGGCAUUCAAGACAGCCAAUGAUCCUGUAAACUAUCUAGAAAGUAAGAAAGAUGAUUUCUUCAUGAGUUUUAAGAUCUCCUGCCUAGGAGCAACCUCUAUCAAAGGAUUUGUUGAUUUUCUGUGGCAUAAGCUCACUCCUGCUAUCUCCACCACCAUAUGGAAUAAAAUGUCCUCUAAAAUCGCUGGAGAUAUACGAGCUACCUUCCCUGCAUUCAGUGGGAACAGGGCUAAUCUGGAAAAACACAUUCUCAUCUCUCUAGCAGAAGAAGAAAACUUUGAUAAUUACUGGCAGUACCUUCAUAAUCCAAAAUAUUUUUUUAGGAACUACAUUGAAAACAAUAUUCAGAUAUAUUUUUCAGACAAAGGAGGUAAAAAAAUGAAGACUUCUUUAAAAAUCAGUUUAGAUGACAUCAAGAAUGUCAUCCUCUCGGCCAUUCAUGAAUCCACUGCAAUAGCUAAAGAUAAAAGAAGUACUGCAUCUGAAUGGUUGGAUUUAUUCUGUGAUUACUUGGGAAAUAACUUGAUCUUUCCACGAAAAGACCUGGUAAGCAUUGAACAUCAGGAGAUAAAAGAUAUUGAAUUUUUCAAAGAAGUAAUGAGUGAAGCUUUGGAUCCGGCAAUGGAAAAAGUAGAACAGAAUUGUUUGUGUAUGCCUGAAAAAGAAAUGAUUCCUGAAAUUGAGAAAAUGCUGUCUGAGCAUCUCUGUGGUUGCUGGAAACAAUGUCCGUUCUGUAGAGCAAUUUGUACAAACACAAUUCCUGCACAUGAAGGGGACCAUAGUGUUCCUUUCCACCGUCCUCAGGCUUUGGAUGGAUGGCAGUGGGGUACAAAAAUAUCUGGAAAGUGGUAUAGAACAGGCCAAUUUAACAUUGAUUGCUGUUCUAGUAUGGUAGCAAGUGAUUGUUCUUUUAUUUUAAGCGAUGACUCUGAAAUCCCAUUUAAGAACUAUCGACAGGCAGGUGGGGAUUAUGCCCUAUGGAGUAUCACUCCAGACUCAUCCAUGCAGCCAUACUGGAAAUGGUUUGUCUGUCAUUUCAGAUCAAAGCUAGAAGAAAAAUAUCAGAAAAAAUUCACAGAUAAAGGUAAAAUCCCUAAUGCGUGGGCCAAAAUCACAAAGCAGGAUGUGCUGGAUGACUUAAAAAAACAAUAAUCCUCAAGGAUCACAUGAAAGUCGCCAUAUUGGGACAAUCCUAAACACCUCUUCUCAGAAUGAAAACCCUUUAUAUAUUUUAAAAAUGGACCAUAUAAAAAUGAGUCAAUAACAAGCAUCUCAAUAGGACAAGAUUUCUGGAUGAUGAAUCUUAUUUUUCUCUGCUUCAUCUCAUUUUAGUUCUUAAAAAUUUUAUUAAAUAAUAUAACAUAAAAAUAUAACAUUUAAAAUAGCUGUUUAUGACUUAAAAUAAUUUUCAAAUUAUACUUUUAUUAGAAAAGAUCAUAUUUACAAAGAAAAUUUACAUAUUUGAAGCUAGGAAUUUUUAAGAAACAAUUACAUAACAUUUCAGAACUACCAAGAUAUAAAUUUCAUAUAUCAAAUCACAAAUAUUAGGUAGAAAUCUGUUUUUUGUUGUUGUUUUACAGAAAGAAAAUGUUUUUGCCUACUGAAGAAGUGAAGCAAAAAUUGUUGUUAACCUUUGAGUGGAAAAAAAUAAUGGGAAUUCAUGGUUUGAAAGCAUAUGACAUUUUCUGUUCUUAUAUAGAUGAAAGUAGAUGAGUGACCAGGAUGGAGUCUGCACUCAUUUGGAACAAUAAUUUUUAUCAAGUACAUACAGGAUAUACACAUUCUUUAACCAUUAUCUUUCUCUUCCCUAAUCUCUUAGCAGCUCCUCCCUUGUGCAAGGUAAGAAGAGGGAAGAUUCAGAAAAUGAUAAACUCAGAAAAGAACAUACUGAUUCUGACCAUGAAAGUUUGAGUGACAACAUAGAGCUAUGUACAAAUCUAAGGGGAUUAGUUCCA